GAGACAACAAAUUCCACUGUGAGACACCUUGGUCAUUGUUGAAUGGAAGAGGACGCUGAGGUUGACGCCCAGUUUGCCUUGAGGCGCAAUACAGCGUUCAGGUUCAAGGGAUGCACGGACGUCGAGCUCCUCAAGGAGGUAAACCACGUGAGGCCGUUUGAGGCUCCUUAUGGAGAGGUUCGAAAGCGGUGGACAGAGGUCUCCGAGCACUUGCAACGCAUCUACGGAACGGGAAUAACAGUCAACGCAACGCGAAAAAGGUUCGACGACCUCAUGACGGCAUUUCAAGAGGAAACAAUGGCAGCGCUUCGGGCUUCUGGGACUGAAGAGGAGUAUGAGGAGCGGGAACAGCUCCUUCAAGACAAUCACGACUUGGUGGACACGGCGUCGGUCAAGAAGCAAGCCUGCAAGGACGAGAAGGCAAGACAGAAUGAGCGACGUGAAUCGGAUGGCGAAAGAAUUCGCGAUGCUGCCAUGACAACAAUUAAGAGGAAGCUUUGUGAAGAUGACGACAGUCUCGAGGAGCCCAAUAGAAAACAAGGACGUAGCUCACAACGCGUUCCAGACACUGCUGCUGUUGUUGCAUCCUUGGUGGAGAUGGUCGCCAAGGCUAAUGAAGUGAAAGCGAACGAAGUGCGAGUUCAGCGCGAUAACAACUUGCUGACGCAGCAAAAAUUGGAGUUGGAGGAGAAGCGAUAUGAGCUCGACAAAGCUGAGCGUGAGGCACGCUUCAGCUUAGAACGCCGAGAACGAGAAGCACAGUUAGAAUUCAUGCAAGGUACUCUUGAGGUUCUUAAAUCAUUUUUGAACAAGAUGUAAGAUGACCAUGA